CGACAUGACCUUCCUUUCUUUGCUCAAGAGUAUCUAUUGACACCACUAGUGGCACUGUCUGUCAUUUCACCCUUUCAUUGUCAAAAUCACAGCGUUUUUAGUAUGCCACCUCGAAAACGUCCCGCUGAUGAAAUCACCAGCACUCGGCGAAGCUCGAGGAGAGUUUCCGCCACUAAAAGUCAAUACUUCGAAGGCAGUGAGGAUACAGAAGAAAGUGAUGCGCCACCACCGAAGAAACGUGGAAGGCCUCCGAAGAAGCAACCUAAAAAAGAAGAAUCCGAGGAACCCUACGAAGAUGAGCUAGCGCAGGAGCCAGAAGAAGAAGAGGAUGAUGAUGACGAAGAUGACGAGGAUGCGCCCCCAAAAGUUACUAUCAUUCCAUUGGAGAAGUUGAGAGACACAGAUGGUGUAGAAUAUGAAGAUUUCAAAUUACACAAGAAUACGAUGUUGUUCUUGCGAGACCUCAAAGCUCAUAACCAGAGGCCUUGGCUGAAGUCGCAUGAUGGAGAGUAUCGUCGCGCUUUGAAGGAUUGGAACUCCUUUGUUGAGUGCGCGUCCGAAACCGUUAUAGCAGCCGAUGAAACGAUUCCUGAGCUUCCCAUCAAAGACGUCAUUUUUCGAAUCCAUAGAGACAUUCGCUUCAGUAAAGAUCCUACACCUUACAAGCCUCACUUCUCCGCUGCGUGGUCUCGAACUGGUCGCAAAGGCCCAUACGCCUGUUACUAUAUCCACUGUGAGCCUAAAAAGUCUUUCAUCGGUGGUGGCCUAUGGUGUCCCAGCGGCGACCAAAUGCAGAAACUCCGCGCCAGCAUUGACGAAAGGCCAAAUCGAUGGCGCCGCGCACUCAAUGAUGAGGCCUUCAGGCGCAUAUUCUUACCAAAGGCUGCCAACAAAUCUGAUCCCAACGCGGCGCUACUUGCUUUUGCGGAAAAGAACAAAGAGAAUGCGCUUAAAACUAAACCAAAAGGCUUCACGGCAGAACAUCGUGAUAUUGCGCUGCUGAAGUUGAGGAACUUUACUGUUGGAACGCAGAUCGACGACAGCAUCUUCUACCAGGAUGAUGCCCAGGAGAAGAUCAGCGAGAUUAUACGCCCUAUGGUUGGAUAUGUUUCGUUUUUAAAUAGCAUUGUCAUGCCGGAUCCUGGCCAAGAUGACGAUAGUGACGAAGAUGAGGAUGAAGGAGAAGAAGGGCCUAAUGAUGACGAAGACAGUGGUGAUGACUAGUCAAAACCCAUGGCUAUUAUACAGCCAUUGGGUAAAAUCUAUAUUUAGGGAUGAUGCAAGCGGAUCUAACUGCCUAUUUAUUUAAUCAUAUGCUUUAUCAUUUCAUCUAACACAGAUCGAACAUAGCAACGCUAGGGUCGUGAUCGCUGACCUCACCAGCCUUGUCCUGCCAAGUGUUGAUAUGCAGAUGCUCAUACUUGAUACCCCUGCGCAACUCCUUGCUGAUGUACAUAUGAUCCAGAGCCUGGCAGUUGCUGUCGAAGAGAUAUGUGUAUCGCUCUGUCUCAGGGAUCUUGGCAGCCUCAUCAACAUCAACAAGACCGGAUGUCUUGACGAAAGUCUCAAGGGGCGCAACGGCGGCGAACUCAUUAAAGUCACCAGCGGCGAUAACGUGGGCCUUCUUGUCCUUCUUGAGGAUCUCUGCAAUAAAGUUCUACAAGUUGUCAGUUGGGCUUCAUGCCUAACAGGUUUCAUACUUACAGCAGUAAUUUCGGAUUGCUUGGUGCGUUUCUCGACACCCUUGUUCACAGGAGUGCGGGCAUCGCCAUGCAGGGAAGUCGAGCCGCCCUUGCUGCCAAAGUGGACGUUGACAGUAAAGAAAGACUUCUUUGUGCCCUUGACAGGCUUCCAUUCAGCCACGAGAGGCUUGCGGCUGUCAUCCCAGGCAGGGUUGGCAGGGUCAAUUCGUCCAGGGUUGUACUUGAGCGAGGGACCAUCGAGAACGGCGUUAACGUCGUUGGGGCCACCCUGAUUGGGCUUGACGAGCUCAACUCUAUCAGGGCGGUAGAGAUAAGCUUGGCGAAUGUUACCACCGGGCUGGCCACCGUCCUCGUUGUUGUCAGGCUCGACCUCGGCCCACUCGUAAACAACACCGCUGGACUCCUCAAUGCCAUCGGCCAGAGCAGCGAGAGUCUGGUUGGCGGAAACGACACCGUCAUUGGUAGCGCCACUGUUGUCCUGGACUUCCUGGAGGAAAAGCAGGUCAGGAGUUCGCAGCUUCUCAACGAUCUGCUUGAUGACAAGAGGCAAGUGGGCAGAAGCAGGGUUAAGGUUCUCGGUGUUGUAGUCUGCAACUGUGAUGCCCUUGCAAGAUCCCUUGCUGGUGAAGCUGACGGCAGGGUGCUCAGCGUUGGAAGGCUUGCUGACCUUGGUGGCAGUCAGGGGAAGAAUGCGGUAGAAGCCAAAGGCGUAUGAGACCACGCCAGUGAUAUCGCCAACGUAGUCGCCGAGCUUAGUAUCAUCAGGGUUCUUGGUUCCAUCGAGAGGUGAGCCGAUGAUGAUGGCCUCAGGGUUAGCAUCUAGAUUGUUAGCCAAGGAAACACUCAGAUUGAAGCCUUACAUACCGUUGCCGACCAUGGUGAGACCGCCGUGCUUGUUCAGACC